GCUUAUUGUGAUUUUCAGUGAUUAAAAUUAAAAACUAAAGUACUAAAUGUAAAAUAUAAACUAGUGGCGUAAACAAUAGACGAAAGGCGAAUGAAAACGCCACAGCGCGCCUUUCUCUGACUGUCGCUCUCUGUCUCUGCCUGUCUGUCUCUAGCUCUCUCUCUCUCUAGCUGUCAUUCCCAUUGAGGAACAGCUGUUCCAACUGUCAUAUCUACUGCCUACUGCCAUACUAGGACUCUGUCACUCUCUCGCUGCCGCUCUCUCUAUCGUUCUGACACUUCCGGCUCCUGCGCCGAAGCGUGUGUACAUAACCUCAAUCCGCUCUGGAUGUUGCGGUAGGCGUCGCUGCCGCUGUCAACGCCAAGUGCAACGCCAGGAGCAGAGCCGAGCAGCAGAGCAUCAGCCGCGGGCAGGCGGACGACGCAACGCAUCCAAAAAGCGUUGAUGCACCGACAAUAAUAUGAGGAGUGGCAGUUCGGAAUUACUACUCGAGCAGCAACAACAAGAGCUACGGUUACGUAAAAUCCGAGAACUGGCUCCGAAAAAGAAAAAUGGCAAUCGGCGCUUUCGUUCGUGGCGGGAACGUGCGCGUUUCUAUGGCACCUCGACACUGGCCUUCUUCUCGGUGACCGCCGGCGCUUCGCUGCUCUUCCUCGUACCGCUCUACGUCGAUCCGGCCAUCUCGACCCUGAGCCACGACUUUAUCGAACAUCCAACGCUGUGCACGACGACGCGGCGCGAGGAUCUGGUCGGUAUAUUCAACUGCUCCUGGAGCUCCUGUCGCGAGGGCUGCACCUCCGAUCUGUAUCGUUGCGUUCACAUCUAUGUAACGUUUAUUGAACAGAAUAUCACAAUACCGGCGAAUAUGACAGAUUAUAGCAAUUAUACGGCGGAUUGGGAACAGUCCGGCGAGGCCACUUUGUUGGUGAAUAUAAAAGGAUGCGGCUAUCCGCCCACCGUCACCUGCAAGGACUUCAAUGGCUACUACGGCAUUGAGGGCGCCAUCUUUCCGUGCUUCUAUUCGCGCAAAAACAAAACGGUGGUCCUCACCUCCUACAACCACGACGACCAGGUGGCCAUGAUCAUCCACUUCUUCGCGGUGCCCUUUGUGAUAACGGUCAUCUCGUCCAUCGCCCUCUGCAUCAUGCACUGCGACUGCCGCUGCAAGAAGGAUCGCAGCCAUCGCCGCAAUCGGCCACAGUGCCGAAGGCCGCGCAUCGAAAAUCUUAGUGAUACUUCGAUAUCAACGCGAGUGGAUAUGCUCACGCCUGCUAUUGAAGUCUACAAACCGCCCCUCUGACACAAGGACGACACUGUGGAGAGCAACUUAGGGAAUCCCUCGACAAGCAGCGACUUCUAGCAGAACCUAAUACCAAAUUCUGCGGGAUUAGCUAAGGAUAAUCUAUUUGUUCUUCCAACAUAGUGUCAACCCCAAUCGAAAUUCAAAUGAGAUGCGAGACAUGAAGGCGGCCAAAAGGAACUCGAGCCACAACGCCCGACACUAUCAGAGGUUUUAAUGCAAAAACUAGCAACCAAAAACCACAGAAACCAGGAAAACAGAACAGAAACGAAUCAGAUUUCAAAUGAGAGGCAACACACAAACAAAAAGAAAUACAUAAAUUAAUAAUUGAUCCAACUGAAUAAUUCCUAAGAUUGAUUAAAUUUAGUUACUUUUUAGCGUAAAUGAUUUUUAAAACAAGCUGGCUAAUAAAACAGAAAAGAUGAUAGUGACGAAAACCAAAAUGAAUAAAUAACAAAAGUCUAGGUCUAAGCCAUGUGUCUGUAUGUACUAAUUAAUAACAAAAAUAUGCAAAUUUGGCAAUGUGUAAAUUUGGUUAAAAAGUGAAUCAUAAUGGAUAUAAACAUAAACGACCUAAACGAUAAACACAAAAUGCAAUGGAUAAUUUUUGUACUGCUGAAAACGAGAGGAAAUAAUGAAAAAACCGAAUACUAGUCUUAAGUGAACAAUUUUGCAUUAGGUAAUGGAUAAGUUUGUAAUGCAUUAGUAAUUAAAAACAAACGAAAUGGUCAGCUAAUCACAAAACGAAAACUGCAAUGGAAAAUGACAUAAAUUCAUAGUUAAAUCAAAACAAAUGGCAAUGCAAUUGGGAAUUCAUAUAGAAAUUCGGCCAGCGGCUUUGGUUUAUCGCUCCACACAAAUAAUAGAUAUGCCACGCCUCAUUUUAUAUAGAAUCCGCCCACAUUAAACAACACAAUCCACAAAGCCAUCAAUCGCUUUACUUUUAUGUUGUAGAAAUCGGGAAAACCCCUUCGUCUUAGACGAAGUUUAAAUGCCCUUUCACAAAGUGCCCCAAGUUGAGAGAAUUUGGUCAAGUUUCGAAAAAAAUAAGUUCAUUUUGUCUGUUGAUUCCGUUGUUGUUGGUUUAUUGGAUUAAAUAUUAU